CAUUGUGAUUUCAAGUUCAACCGCAUCUCUAGAAGACCAUUUCUCGUUCUUCAUUCUCUGCAGACUGAAUUCCAUGUUUCACGCGGCUGUCCAAUAUGACUCAACAUCUCAGCGAUGAACAAUUAACACCAGUGUGGGAAGGCAACGAUGAUCUGGCUGUACUCAUGGACUUGAUCCUGCAGAAUCAGUUGCAGCCGGGUAUGGAUCAUAGAACUCUUCCACGAGUCGAGAUCAUGUAUGCACCGUUUCCUGAGAGCGUUAAGAAUGAAUUCAAUGGUUUCAAUUUUCCAGAGGCAGCUACAAUUCAUCUGGCUACAACAGUCCAGGCCACAUCCAUCAUCAAAGUUCCUAUUUACGCUGCUUUUGGAGGUGCCAUCAUCGGAAAGAGGGGAGUGAAUGCAAAGCGCAUCUGCAAUGAGGCCGGAUUGCGAAAGCUUAGUAUUCAGAAUCACUCAGCUUUUCCACAUCUCAAAUAUCUGAUUAUGGAGGGAUCAGUCAAAGUUCUAUGUGCAGCGAUACGGAGAGUAAACGUGCUGAUCAAGAACGAGACUCUCGCGGGUAAGCUGUGCGAUUGGAGAAUUCGACACGCUUUUUUCAAAACUCAGCUCUGUCGGAAGUUCGUUUCAGGUUUCUGUCGACGCGGAAAUCUAUGUGAUUAUGCUCAUGGAGAGCACGAGAUCCGAGCCGUGGGUACAUAUUUUCCCAAAACAGAUGAGCUCGGUAGCAAAUACACAGAGUAAAAACGUUCGCACAUGUAUCAGUUCGGACGGUUAUAUCCUAAUAAUUUCUAGACCUAUAAUUACUACUUGUUAUUCCAUCAUUUUCAACAUAUCAAGAGAGUAAAACAAACUCCCAAACGUAGGAACGUGAUAUAUACUUAUAAAUUUAUUACAAAAGUUUCUGUAGCAGCUUCUAGUGAAAAGUAAGAUGG